AUGCGUGCGUUUCAACACAGGGCUGCUGGGCACGACGGGUUGCUCACAGAGGGCGAAGGUGCGCUGGUGUUCAAGCCGUACCAUGCGAAGGAAGCUGCGUUCUAUAUGGAGGUGCAGCGGCGGAGGGUUGACGAGCCUGGAGCUGCGCAGGAUGUGCCGCUGCACCUGUGGAUGCCCUGCUUCAUGGGCGUGCUGGAGCAAGGCGAUGUCAGGAAGCCCGGGGCUUCCGGCAAUACACCCGCUGGGAGCAAGUAUAUUGUGUUGAACAACCUGCUGCAUGGGUACUCGAGACCGAACGUGAUGGAUAUUAAGCUGGGGUCUGUGCUCUACGAUGAGGAUGCUCCGCUGGAGAAGAGGCAGCGGUUGCAGGAGGUGAGCAGGACCACGACGUCGGGGUCUCUGGCGUUUCGGAUAUGCGGGAUGAAGAUAGAACGGGGGAAAGCUAGCUGUACCGCACUAGAUGAGGCACACUACGAUGUGGAGACUCACCAUGGUGUGGAAUACCUGUCGGUGAACAAGUUCUACGGAAGAACUAGAACUAAGGAUGAUAUCAGCGAGGCCAUUGAACUGUUCUUUAAUAAUGAAAGGCUGUCUAAGCCACGGAAAAAGCAACUUUACGACACUUUCUGGCAGCGGUUGCAAUUGUUCUACAACACUCUACUUGACACAAAGGCGAGAUUUAUAUCUAGUAGCUUGCUAUUCGUAUAUGAGAGUGACCCUGCAGCAUGGGAAGAGCUCGAUGAUGUUGAUGAGCUGGUACACGACUACGAAGUUGAACUCAUAGAUACUGACGAGGAAGACGACGAGCUCGCUGGCGGGUUUGUACAACAAACUACACAAGCCAGCAUGGUUAUAGAUACGAGAGAUGACGAUGAGCUGCCCAAUCCAACGAUUAUGAACGAGAAGGUGGAGCCCCGAAAUAAGAAACUGAGCUCGAUGACUUUUAUAGACUUUGCUCACUCACAGUUUACAGAUACAGACGACUACGAUGAGAAUGUCAUAUUGGGUGUGGAAAACUUAAUCGAUAUAUUUAAUGAGUUACGAAUCUGA